AGUGAUAAACAGUUAGGGAUGUCAUGAAAUAUGCGAUGAGAGCAGACAUAACCAGGUGACAUAACCAGGUGACGCUUGUGACAUAACCAGGUGACGCUUGUGACAUAACCAGGUGACGCUUGUGACAAGACAACAUGUCGGAUGCCGGAUACAUUAGUGACAGUGAUAAUGAUAGUGGGAUAGGUCGACCAAUGGAGCCGUCAGAACAGGAAGAGGACGAUAACUUUAGUUCUGAGAGUGAAGCUGAAGCAGAGGAUGCCAUGAACCCCCCUCCAGCCAUGCAGCUUCCUCCGGAACAGGUCACUUCGUCCGAGGACCAGCAGCCCUCCACCUCCAGCCAGGGUACCAGCUCCUCCAGCAACCAAAACAAAAACAAGAAGAAAAAACCAAAGAAAGACAGCCAAAACUCCAAGUCAGAAGAAAAGAAGGAGGAUGAGAACCAGGAAGCAGAGUUCCCGGAGCCUAUUGUGCAGGAAUCUGAUGAUAACAACAGCAAAGAAGUGGAUACUUCCGACGAUACCGCCCUCCUUAUGAUGCUUAAAAUGAGACGAAACGAAUCCAGAAAGCUUAACCACGCUGAGGUUCAAGAAGAAGAGAAGCGUUCGAAGCUCCCUGCUAAUUGGGAAGCUAAGAAGAGAAGGGUGGAGUGGGAGCUGUCGGACCAAAAAGCAAGGGAUGAGGCUGAGAAAGGUGGUAAAGACUACGAUAUCGUCAAAAACAUGAGCGCACCGGCACAGGAGCUGGAGUACUACAGCAGAAAAGCUAAGAAGAAGAACCCUGAUCCGGGAUUCUCGGACUUCGCUGCCUCGCAAUUCAGACAAUACGAACGAAUAUCAGGACAAUUGCGAGUUAACGAGGAAGCGUACGAAGAACAGCGACAAAAACUCGGAGAUGCUUUCUAUCCAGCUGCUGGAGACAUUCUGACCACCGGUCAAGUUAGUACCACUGCGCUGGAUAAGAUGGCCGCGGAUAUCGAGCGGCAGAUCAAGAAGCGCUCCAAGUACAGCCGGCGGAGAACGCAUGUUGACGAUGCUGACAUCAGUUACAUCAACGAACGAAACAAGAAGUUCAACGAGAAAUGUGAGCGCUUUUACGGGAAGUACACCGAGGAAAUCAGGGGAAAUCUGGAGAGGGGUACUGCCCUCUGAUCUUCAUUUCGUGGUGAUCUGGACGCCGCAACUCUGUCGGCACUCUUACAAUUGAUAUCCGAGGUUUUCUGUCGUUUUCCGGCGUUUUCCGGCAAUCGGGUAUGCCCGUUGACGUCGUGAGAAGCUUUUUGUGGCGCUCUGAGGUGCUUAAUGUGGCGCUCUGAGGUGCUUAAUGUGGCGCUCUGAGGUGCUUAAUGUGGCGUUCUGGCGUCUAAGAUACUUCGUGCAGUGCAAUGAGUUGCCUCUUGACCAUUUUUAUUGGACACUGAAAUUUACAUUAUAUCAUAACCAAAUGAGAAAUCUUGAGACAUAAACAUUUUUGGAUGAAAUUUGUCUCAAAAAGUUUUAGAUAAUUACUUAACUAGAUAAUCAAUUAAUUGGGGAAUUGAGUUAUUACAUCGAGAUGAUUCGUCCGCUUAUUUUGAAUUAUCACACUCUAUGUGAUGAUGCAAAGUUGCACGUGUUACUUCUGCCGUGUGUUAUUGUGCGGUGUUAGACAUUAUACUUUCCCGCUUUCCCUCUGAAAUGCUAGCCCCUGGCUUUAAAAGCUCCAAAUUACAAUAGAAGAACAUUAAAAGCUUAAAAUAUAGGGGCCAGCUAUAUUCGUGUGAAGUGUAAAAAGUAGUACUGUGAAACUCAGCAUGAUUCAACAUAAUAUGAUCAGUAAGCUGAGUACGGAUCAUAUCUCAAUUCUGAGUAGGAAUAGGAAGUACAGGGGUGCCUAAUAAUUAAAUUAAAUUGCAGUUAGUUUAUUUAACCUUUCUGUUUAGUGUUAAAUUAAGUUCUUUUUUCACAUUUCAACAGUUCUUAUCACAAUUCCCGAAACGUUGGAGUAAAUACUGAGUUUUAUUCGGCCAGCUAAUAUGAUGAUGGUACAUGCCUUGUCCAUGUUUUGUAAUAUCUAAACUAGAAGACCGUCUGCGCUCUGAGCUUUCUGUGUUGUGUCAAAGUAAAGUGUUUAAAAUCAGAAACUAUAAACGUGUCUAAAUUUAAAUGAUCGUGGAACUUAUACUUCUGUUGUCGACUGGGAUAGGAUUUUAGGAGCGCUGAGGGCCAUGAAACCGCUCAUCAUUUCGGAAGAAUCCUAAAAAUUUGCUCUGUUAGGAAUGUCACCCAGAAAAUGUUCAUAUGUUUAACAUUAGACGUUGUGUGUUUUGAAUUAGUUCCAAUGCUAACGACUUCACUAUGCAAGCUGUCUACCGAAAAAAAAUGUUUCCGAAAAAUUCAUCCAAGAAAGUUGAGCAGAAAAUAGCUUUUCAAGAUUUGCAACCCUAAUCUUAAGUUCGAUCGAUCACUGGUUUCCAUAUUACGAUUUAUUAUUGAGUCCUUUCUAUGAUGAUGAAUCUGAUUUAGCUCUUUCUAGCAUCGCAAGUCUGUUAAGAUAUAAUCAAUGCUGAUAUUGAUAAAUGUUGGCAAAGUUUCAUUAUUUAGUUUACGAUUUCUUGGAGCGUACACGAGUGCUGCACUAUGAAA